UUCCAAAACCAUCCUCAUCCUCAUCCAAACUAUCCCCAUCUUAACUUUACUUUACCCCUCCCAAAGAAGAAAAAAAAAAGGAAAAGGAUUCCAACAUAUUUGCAUUAUACAAUUCAAAUGGAACACACAAAAAUGGAGAUGGGUUUGGUUUUGGUGGUAAUGGCCAUGCUGUGCGCAGGAGCUGUGGCACAAUCGAGUUGCACAAAUGUGUUAGUGAGCCUGUCACCAUGCCUUAACUAUAUCACAGGGAAUUCUUCGACCCCAUCUUCAGGAUGCUGCUCACAGCUUGCCAGUGUGGUGCGCUCACAACCACAAUGCCUAUGUCAGGUUCUUAGCGGCGGUGGAUCAUCACUGGGGCUCAACAUCAACCAAACUCAGGCUCUGGCUUUGCCUGGUGCUUGCGAGGUGCAGACCCCACCCACCAGUCAGUGUAACAAUGCUGCUGCUUCACCACCAACAGGAACAGUUGCGGAAUCUCCAAAUUCAGCUCCAUCAGGAACUGGAGGAUCCAAAAACCUACCCACAACUGAUAAUGGCUCAUCCAGCGGAAAUUCCAUUAAGUUAUCGAUUCCUCUGAUACUUAUUUUGGCAGCAACAUACGUGUCAACUUUCACAUCAUACUGAUUCCAUAAUCAGUUGAUUUCCCAUUUGCUAUUUUUUGCUUGUUUGCCAAUUGUCCUUGUUUAAUCAUUUGCUAUUAUUGAGUUUCCUUAUGCUGAAGGGUUCAAUCUAUUCAUUCGUGACCCCUACUGGGUUACAUAGUUUUGUAUAAUCAGAGACAUUUGUUCUCUCAUUUAUCAAUAAAAUGGGUUGUCACUUGGUUUGCUAUUAUAA